CGAAAUCAGACGCCGCAACGGACGUUCGUUCGCUCGCUCCGUCGUGUGGGCAGCGCCUACCAUUUCGGCAAGGCAUUCCCACGCGCGCCGCGACCGUGUCCUCCUCCUCCCGCCACGCACGCUACUUAACCCUCGCACCAUCGCCAUCCCCCACAUCUAAUUGCCCGCGCCAACGCUUAACUUCCGAGCGGCUAUAGCUAGCAAAACGGGGAGCGACCACCGGCGAUAUAUAAGAAAGUUCGUGAGUUGUGACGCCCACACCAACCAUCCCAGCCUAGCCCGUACCAGCAACCGCGUCGACGGGCUGGUAGUGGUAGUGGUACUAGAGGAAGGCCGGCGCCAUCGCCGAGGACGCCCAGCUCGGCGAAUCAUUCCAUUCCAUUACAUGGCUUGAUUGUCUGCCCGUAUUGACAGCAAAGCCAGAAAGGUGCCCACAGCCAACAGGUCGGGCUGUUGAUUCAUUGCUUCGGUGGGAGCGAUCGAUGGUUGCGCACAAGGCGGCCUCGUGGCUGCCCGUGGACUUCCGGCUGCCGGCGGUGCCGCAGGCGGCGCUCGGCAUACUGGCGUUCGAGGCCGGGGCGGCCAUGUCCAAGCUGCUGUCGCUGCACCGCUCGCUCUCGGAGCAGGAGGUGUCCCGGCUGCGCUCCGACGCCAUGCGCUCGCCCGGGGUGGCCUACCUCAACUCCACCGACCAGGCGUUCCUGCUCAGGCUCGCCUGCGCCGAGCUGGUGCUGUCGCUCGACGCCGCCGCAGCCGCCGUCGCGCGCCUCGGCCUGCGCUGCGGCAUCGACUUCGCCGGCGUGUACGCCAGCAUCAAGGCCGGCGCGCACGACGCGCGCCUCGACCUGCUCGCCGCCAAGGGGCUCAAGGUCAAGGCCAAGAAGAUGGAGCGCCUCGUGGCGGCCACGUCCAAGCUGUGCUCCGAGAUGGAGGCGCUGGAUGAGCUCGAGUCCGCCGAGCGGAAGCUCACCGUCCGCGGCUGGAGCCGCCUCAGCGGGCCGAUACCGGCGAAGCUCGCCGACCCGCCGCUGGCCGGCGACUCGAUGGGCGCCGAGUCGCUCAAGCAGGAGAUCAAGACGCAGCUGCUCAAGGUGCGGCGGCUCAAGGAGGAGUCCCUGUGGAGCCAGAGCUACGAGAAGGCCGUGGGCCUCAUGGCGCGCGCCGCCUGCGCCGUGUUCGUCCGCAUCUGCGCCGUCUUCGGCCAGUUCGUGCCGGGGCUUCCGCCGCCGAUGCCGUCCACCUCCGCGGAAAGCGUCCACACCAGGCUGUCCAAGCUGCUGAUGAGCCCGCGGACGGGGAAGGCGAAGGCGUCGUCGGGGCCGAUCACGCGGCGGGAGCGGGAGGGGGCGGGGGCGCCGUCCCGUGUCCACCCGCCGAUGCAGCAGCUGAGCAGCUCGUGCCCGAUCAUCGGCCAGAGGGGGCAGAAGGGCGGCGUGGACUGGCGCAAGGUCCUGGACGCGCCGGCAAGCACGGUGGGCGGCGCCGGGCUGGACCAGCAGUACGCGAACGUGAUCGUGUCGGCGGAGGAGCUGCUGCAGAUGGAGGCGGAGGGGCGGCAGGAGGAGGCGAACGCGGAGCGGGCGGAGAUGUACGAGAUGCUGCCGGGGAAGCUCCGCGCGGCGGUGCGGUCGAAGCUGCGCGACUGGUGGCGGGACCCGGGGCCGCUGGACGCCGGGCUGGCGGAGGGGUGGAAGGAGGCGGUGGAGCGGAUCAUGGCGUGGCUGGGCCCGAUGGCGCGCGACACCGUGCAGUGGCAGGCGGAGCGGAACAUGGACCGGACGCGGCGGUUCGACGGCGGCACGCGCGUGUACGCGCUGCAGACGCUGCGGUGGGCGGACAAGGACAAGGCGGAGGCGGCCAUCGUGGAGGUGCUCGUCGCGCUCAGCUGCGUCUGCUGGUAUGAGGAGCGGCGGCGCGGCUCCGUCCGCAUCAGCUAGCUGAUCGCCGCCGCCCGUCCAUGGAUGAGCCGUUCAACGACGGCGCCAUGGCCAACACACCUUGUCCAAAGCCCAUUCCUUUUUUCUUUUCUUUUCUUCUUCCUUCUUUGGUUCGUUUGUCAAAGCAUUGAUUUGAAAGGGUUGAAUUUUUUGGAGGGGUGGUUGUUAGAUGAGAUCGUCAGGGGUUAGUGGCCACGCGUUAGCAGCAGCCAUAGUGGACUGUAGCAGCAGUAAUCGUUCUUCUCUAGUUUGAAAUUUGGAGGGAGAAAAAAAGCCAAGGUCCGGUGGUUGGUCACUUCACUGUCAAUGGCCUGAGGCCGGCCGGUCUCACUCCGGUGACAGCGAGCGUCCGCCGUAUAAGUUUGUCAGAUUUGUAUGUACAAUGAAUGAAUACACGAUUGAUUCUUUGAA